CAACAGUGUGCCUCUGUUUUUUUAAAUAAUUAAUUUCGUUUUAUCAUGAAUAAGUGACAAUCUGACUGAAAUGAAGGCUUGUGGAGGUACUGGAAAAAAAUGUGUUUACAGAAGGAACAAAGAGUAGGAAAUAUGAUUUAAUAAACAACAAUAAAUUACAAACAAAAUAAACCUCACAUGUCCUCUCGUCUAAUUCUCCUUCCUUAAUUUUUGUUCCAUGGUAACCUGUCACCACAUUUCACUCUUAUCUCAGUACUACAUCUGAUGGUCAAGGUCCAAGUUUGCCGAGCGAGACUCUCUGUGCUGCUGCUGCUGCUGCAUAUCUCAUACACCGUGAACUUUAGUCCUGCUGGGUGCCACCACCCUCAGAGCUGCUUUAACCAUCAGAGCUGGUCAACAGUCAGUCAGUGUGCGGGCUGCUGAGAGGGAGGCUGGAUGUGUGAACAACAGGCUGCUGUUGAAAGGUGAAAUCUGUUGACUGGGACGCUCUCACUAAGUGUUUGGAUCAAAGAAUCGAAACACAGGCUAACACGGGGAUCAGGCUGGAGAGAUGCACCGACCGAUGUUUGCAGCCCUUGUGGUGCUGCUCUGCUCUUCAUCCUCUGUAAACGGAGGGAAAGUCUUGGUGUUCCCCUGUGAUGGAAGCCACUGGGUCAACAUGAAGGUCCUCGUUGAGGAGCUUCACUCCAGAGGCCAUGAAAUCACAGUGAUGCGGCCUUCAGACAGCUGGUACAUCAAGACCGAGUCCCCGUACUACAAAUCCAUCACUAUAAAUACCCCUGCUGGUUUUGAUGAGGAACAGUUUGGACUGUUUGUAAAAACGAUGGUGAACUUGCGUCGGGAAGGUGCUUCACUUUGGACUAAAAUAGCUCUCGAGUAUGAACUGGUGGAAGCGUUCUAUCAGAUGAAUAAGCAGGUAGUUCAGAUGGUGGAAGAUAUGUUUGAGAAUACCGAACUGAUGCGAAACCUUUCCGAUGCUAAGUACGAUGUGGUUCUGACUGACCCUGCGAUGGGUGCAGGGGUGCUUCUUGGUCAUCGUUUGGGUCUUCCAAUUGUCUUUAAUGUGAGGUGGACUAUUCAGGGUGAAGGGCAUCAGGCAAUCGCACCUUCUCCACUCUCCUACAUCCCAAUACCAGGGUCAGAGCUGACUGACAAGAUGACGUUUGCUGAGCGAGUCAAGAACUUACUUUACUAUUUCUUCACCUGUUGUCAAAUUUGGUAUGUCACAGAACCCAACUACAAACCAUUCGUCCAUCGUUAUUUUGGAAAUGAUGUCCACUACAUGGAGCUGUUUCAGGCAGCAGACAUCUGGUUGAUGAGGAAUGACUUCACAUUCGAGUUCCCACGACCCACAAUGCCAAAUGUCGUAUACAUGUCAGGAUUUCAGUGCAAACCCUCCAAGCCCCUUUCGAAAGAACUAGAAGACUUUGUCCAGAGCUCUGGUGAACACGGCGUCAUCGUUAUGACGUUGGGAACUCUGGUGGCCGACCUUCCUGAUGACGUCACCGAGGAAAUCGCAGCUGCUUUCGCACAACUUCCUCAGAAGGUGAUCUGGAGGCACAAAGGAAAAAGACCAUCCACACUUGGCAACAACACCCUACUGGUGGACUGGCUGCCCCAAAACGACCUCCUGGGUCACCCCAAGACCAGAGUGUUUGUGGCUCACGGAGGCACCAAUGGAAUACAGGAGGCCAUCUACCACGGCGUCCCCCUCGUCGGUUUGCCCCUAAUGUUCGACCAGCCCGACAACCUCUCCAGGAUGAAAGCAAGAGGUGUGGCCAAAGUCAUGGACAUCGCAACCGUAAACAAAGACAACUUCCUGGAGGCGCUGAAGGAGGUACUCUACAACCCAACCUACAGGGAGAAGAUGAAGGCGCUGUCCAACCUGCAGAGAGACCAGCCCAUGAAACCACUGGACAAGGCCAUGUUCUGGAUCGAGUUUGUCAUGAGGCACAAAGGAGCAGGACACCUGAGGACAGAGUCCUACAAGAUGUCUAGGAUCCAGUACCACUCGAUUGAUGUGGUGGCAUUCCUGCUGGCAGCUGUUUUGCUUGUUUUUGCUGUUUUUGUUUCAGCAGUUAAGUUUUUGUGUCGGAGAGUGUUUUGUAGAAGCAAAGUCAAAAAGGAAUAAUGAAUGCACAGGAAGUCGGUUGUGUCAGACUUUCUGGAUCCUGUCAAGAAAACAACAGUGGCAAACUAAUCUGUUCUUUAUUUAGAGCAAACAGUCUUAAAUUGGUAUCCUAACAUGCCCCGAGUAUGUAUGCAUCCACAAUCCUUACAGUGUUUCCCUAAGAGUAAGAGUUUAAGAGUUUUGUAAUGAUCCUAAAAUAUUUUUACACUUAUUAUAACAAACUAUCCAUUUAGGCCUAAAAUUGAAGCCAAUGCAGAAGCAUCAAAAAGUGCAGUUCCUCCAGUGGUGACUUGAGGCUGGCUCCAAGAGUGAGUCAAUCCCUAUAGACCCUCAUGUUAAAAUGGCCAACUUUA